CACCCUUCCUUCACACACACACACGCACACAACUCUCACCAAAACACUCCAACUACUGCGACCGGACUCAGGACUUGAACUCGCAAAGAUGUCUUUCCUUUCGGGAAUGUUGGGUGGAGGCAAGGCGGACUCCAUGGUGGAUCAGGCUGUGGACACUGCAGCUAAAAUGGCCAAGGAGAAGGUGAAGGAGAUGAUCAGCGGCGAAGACAAGAAGGACGAGACAGGGGGCAUGGGAGACCUCUUCCCCUCGUCCCAGUCGGAGGGAGAGAAAGAGAAAGGAGGCGGUGGACUGUUGAGCGGCCUUGGAGGCCUCGUCUCGUCGGAGAAAGAAAGCGGAGGAGCAUCCAAGGAUUCAGGAGACCUGACGGACCAGCUCGGUGAUAUAGCUGGCGAGUUUGCCGCCGAUGCAGCCAAGGACAAAGCCAAGGAUGACCUGGUGUCGUUUGGAAAGAGCCUGUUUGGGUGAAGUCCCUAUUCAUCCUCCGUGGAGGCACAACACCACUUUGACUCAUGCUGUGCAUUUCUCCACACUGCGUUGUUGUUGUUUUUAUGUGUGGACCAACUAAAAACUUGGACUCUGAGAAAAGGACGAUGACUAGCUCAACGUCAUCUCUUCCUCCAGCCAAUCAACAUUUUUAUCAUAUCAUAUUUUAUCAUAUUGCUGUUAUUUCAGCUAAAUGAUUUGCUUGUUAGUAGUUGUCGACCAUCUGGCAUUAGUGGCAAGCUAUGUCCUAUGAAGACAUUCAUUACAAGUUAUAUGAUAUGCAUACAGUAUGCAUGUAUAAUAUGAUAUGCAUUCAUGUUUUCUUUUUUAUGGUAAGCAGAGAUCAUUAAAUUACCGCUAUUAUGUUCUCAGUCACCCACAACUCCAAAUUAUACAAUAUCCAACAUUAUAUAAUUAUAAAAUUUCAGAAACUAAUGUAUUUUACUGGUGGCCAGCAUGUUAUCCUGGUCUGAAGUAUUACCGAGCUAGCAGUGAUGUGAAGUGAUAGAUGUAAUGGAUUCUUGUAUUUUUACACUCCUUUUAGAAAUGAUCUUCAAGUAUCUGAGGUUUACUCAAGUACACAAGAAAAUCUGUGUAUUUGAUAAUAAAACAUAAUAUUUACACUGUU